UAUUGAACAACCAUGCUCUACAUCGGAAACCUAAUCCAUAAUAACUCUGUUACAGACCGCAACAGAGGUUGUGGCACACAAAGAGACGAAACUGAUAUCCACCCAAGGGAAGCAUUUCACCCACUCAGUUGGAGCCUCACAAAACACUCGUGGAAGUUUGUAUGGAUGCCCAACAAUGAUACCCAAGAAUAACUACGGGCGCACUUCUGCAAAUUUGCUAAGAACGGGUUCCAUUGGUGGGACCACAAAAUUCCCUGGACUAGGACCUGGUGAUCCAAUACAGGGGUUUCCAGUGAACCCACCUCUAGUAGGUCAUCUAAACGGACCACGGCCGCCGCCGUCCACCUCUGUUAGAUUGUUUGGCGGUCUGAUGAACACAAUGUGCUUGGACGCUUUCUUAGGGGUUCCGGCAGACCAGCGAUUCCUGAAGCCAACGGACAACAGUCACUGACUUGCAGAAAGCAGUUGCUGCUUAUGCAUUUAACCCAAUGGGAGACCCCAUGGAAGAGCUGGUUAGGUUUGGACAUUGUGUCUUGCAGCGCCACAACAUACUCACCCUCCAGCCCCCUCAUAUGCCAGACGAUAACAUUUUUGAAAUGUUUGCCUUACGGGUAAGUUUAGCCACUCGCGGAAAUGAUGGGGUAGAAUUCUGGACCUUGCCUCCUGGAUUCGCGAUUGAUUUUCGAGAGGGAAGGUCUGUUGAAGAACUGGCCAGUCGUUACAAGGAGAGAUGGAUGAGGCCCUCUAAUAGCCUCAAUUAUAUUUAUAUUCCCGUAAAGGAUGCAUGUGGACACUGGUAUCUGGCGGUUGUGGCAUUCCGAGAGCGGACCUUGUAUCAUUUGGAUGCUAGUAUGGAUGAAGAGGGAAGCGUUAGUAGGAAACUAUUCGUCAGAAACCUAGGGGAGGCCCUUUCCCGAUUGGUUGCUAUUGGGGAGUAUUCAUCCCCAUUAGCUAAGAAGGCCGCAGAGAUUACCUGCUUCAGCAUUGCUAGCGCAGAUGGCCUACCUAUGGGACAGCCCAAGGGAAGCAUGUGCAAUUUGGGUACUCAAUUGGAUGGCUAUGGCUGGUGCUUUCCAACAUAAUAUGCUACCUUGUAUGGACGAUAAAGUGGUGAGACUGCACACAGCAUUAGGCCUGUUGAUGUCACCUGCCAACGAGGCCGCUGAAUGGAUCACUACUUGUGUCCCUGGACCUUGAGUACCAUGUACAUGGCCGACCACUUACCUUUUGAACUUUAGUUCUGAACUCAGAUGUUGGUUAUUUUGUUGUUCACGUAAUAGCUUGGGACACUUUUUGGGAACUAUGUAGUGUGUUAUGUUAAGGUAUUCUAUGGUUAUGCUUCUAUUGAGAAUAUUUACCUUGUAUUAAGACUUUUAAGGUCGGUUAUUAAGAUUCUAUAAUGUUUUAUUUAAUUUCUAAAAUUUAGAUAGAAUUUGAUAUUUUAUUA